AUGACAAAGAGGGAGAGAUACAGGGACUGGAGAUGGCGGGCUCUUUGGUGGCAUCGUUUCUUUCUCCUGUGGAGUACAAUAGACGGACAGACCCGGUACACCAUCCCGGAGGAACUAAAGCAGGGCUCUGUGGUAGGAAAUCUAGCCAGAGAUGUGGGUUUGGGUCUAUCGGAGAUGUAUGAGCGUAACCUGCGCGUCGCCUCCGAGGCUGGUAAGCAGUAUUUCAGCGUGGAUGCGGGGAAGGGCGAGCUGGUGGUGAACGAGAGGAUAGACAGAGAGGCUCUAUGCGGACAAAGCGCCAGCUGCGUACUACCUCUGCAGGUCGUGAUCGAGAACCCGCUGCAGCUGCACCGCAUCGAGGUUCAGAUAAGAGACAUAAACGACAAUUCCCCGAGUUUCCUCAAAAACGAGCUCACCUUAGAAAUAGCCGAAUCCACGGUGGUGGGCGUGCGAUUCCCUUUAGAGAGCGCCGAGGACCACGACGUGGGGAGCAAUGGGUUAAAGACUUACAUUCUCAGUAAAGACGACUGUUUCAGUUUGAAGGUGAAGCAGAUCGAAGAUGGGAGAAACGUGCCGGAGUUGGUGCUAGAAAAGCCUCUCGACCGAGAGACAAAGCCCACACACCAGCUGUUGCUUACGGCUCUGGACGGCGGGAAUCCCGUCAGGUCUGGGACAUCACAAAUAACUAUAAGUGUGCUUGACAUUAAUGAUAACAUCCCGGUGUUUCAAAACACGUUAUACAAAGUUGCUAUAAGUGAAAGCAGUGCAAAGGGCACGUUAGUCGUGAAAACAAAAGCGGACGACGUAGACGAGGGUCUUAACGGAGAAGUCGAAUAUACCUUCGGCAUUCAUACUCCAGAUCAAGUUUUAAAACUCUUUGACGUGAACCCUGUAACGGGUGACAUAUUUUUAAAGGGUCAGCUGGAUCACGAAGUUGCAAUGACGUAUCGGUUAGAUAUUAGUGCAAAAGAUAAAGGCACCCCCAAAAUGGAGGGCCACUGUCGCGUCCAGGUUGACGUUAUAGAUGUUAAUGACAACGCCCCGGAAAUUGUCCUCACCUCUCAACCUAGCGCCAUACCGGAGGACGCUUUAAGUGGCACUGUCAUAGCUUUGCUCAGCGCACGGGACCUUGACUCCGGCGACAACGGAAAAGUGACAUUACAACUCCCCAAGGGCUCUCCUUUUAGUCUGAAACCCUCCUUUUCCAACAAUUACGCUCUCGUAACGAGUGCUGUUUUAGACCGGGAGAGAUUCUCAGAGUAUAAUAUUGAAAUAACGGCGACUGAUACGGGCUCUCCUCCCCUAACAAGUAGAAAAUAUAUAACUGUGACCAUCGCAGAUGUGAAUGACAACCCUCCUAUAUUCUCUCAGCCCUCCUAUAAUGUUUAUGUAAGAGAAAAUGCACUACCAGGAUCAAUACUUUACUCAGUAUCAGCAUCUGAUCUGGAUUUUGGUGACAACGCCAAGAUCUCCUACUCCAUCCUGGACUCUAAAGUACAGGACGUGUCUGUGUCGUCCUAUGUUUACAUCAACUCUGACAAUGGCAGCAUCUACAGCAUGCACUCGUUUGAUUAUGAGAAACUGAAGGUGUUUCAGAUCCAGGUGCAGGCUAAAGACCAGGGCUCUCCGUCUCUGAGCAGCAACGCCACUGUCCACGUUUUUAUCCUGGACCAGAACGACAAUGCCCCCUCUGUUAUUUACCCCUCCCCCGCUAUUCUGGGGUCACUCUCUCAUCAGAGGAUGCCCCGUUCUGCUAAAGCUGGACAUCUGGUUACCAAGGUAACGGCCGUGGACGCAGACUCGGGCCAUAACGCCUGGAUCUCCUAUAAGUUGUCAGAGGCCACAGACGCCUCUCUGUUCACUGUCAGUCUUUACACAGGGGAGGUGAGGACUAAACGUGCUGUGUCCGAGCAGGACGACUCCUCUCAGAGGCUUCUCAUAGAGAUCAAGGACGACGGAGAACCGGUCCAGUCCGCCACGGUCACAGUGUCUGUUCUCAUUGAGGAUGGACUUCAUGAGCCCAUUCUGGAUCUUAAACACAAAGUCAACGAGCCCAGCAAGAAAAGUGGGAGGAUCACCCUGUACUUGAUCCUCUCUCUGGCCGGGGUGUCCGUACUGUCUGUGCUGACUUUUCUCAUUUUAGCAGUUAAGUGUAUUAAGAACAGCAGGGACAGCGGUAGCUGCUGCAUGAGACGGAGCGACUGUGACGACUACAAGAACCCCAACAGAAACCUCCAGAUCCAGCUCAACACUGACGGACCUAUUAAAUAUGUGGAGGUCCUGGGAGGGGACAUGAUGUCUCAGAGUCAGUCCUUCAGGUCCUGUCUCUCUCCCAUGUCAGAGUACAGCGAUUUCACCCUGGUUAAGCCCAGCAGCACCACUGACUUUAAGGAGAUGAUCAGUGUUUUAGACGCGUCUUUGCCAGACAGCACCUGGACCUUUGAGAGCCAGCAGGUGAGAAAAUAA